AUGAGAUCCACUCUCCGUCACGUCCUGUUCCUUCUCCUAUGGACAGCUACAACAGUUUUGUCGGACGGAAGUGACUCGGCCCAAGGCGAAGUAGAAGUAGUAGUGUCAUUUGAGGUGAAAUUAUUCAAUUCUGCUGCUGAAGACCGCAAUGAGAAUUGUGCCGAGUGGGCAGAAGAAGGAGAAUGCAAGGCCAAUCCAGGCUUUAUGCUGGAAAACUGUGGAAAAUCGUGUGGAGAACAAAGCAGAGUGGAAGUAAUUGUGUACCAGGGAGAAGAUGCGGCAGCGGGAGCCUUUCGAUUUGCCGAAGAAGCUGGCAUUGCGGACUCUGAGAAGGUGUUGGAGGUAGCCCAAAAAUUGCAAGAGGAAUUAUCCAGAUCUGCACCGGACUACAAACCACCUGACGAACUGAUUAAGUGUGGAAAGAGAGUUUGCUCUGCCGGGAAAUUGUGGAAACGAGCCGAAGAAUGGAAAAAGAUGGAUGCCCACGACAGCGCUGGAGCAGAUCUCCUUCGAGCCUUGCUUAAAACUGGGAUAGAGGUGGACUUUAUUGAACGCUGCACAAAAUCAUUGCAGUGGGCGUUUGAAGGUGUCAAGAGACAACGACAAAGAGAAGAAAGAGAAGCCAUAGAAGAAGCCAAAUUAGAGAAACGGAGAGAAGAAGAGAGAGCAGCCAUGGAAGAAGCAAUGAAGAGAAAAGAAGAGUAUGAAGCCAACUUUGUCAAAUUUGGGCAGCAACUCCAACAGUCAUUGACGCAAACAAAAUCAUCCAGAGAAGCAAAUAUUGCUCCAAAUGGGGAGCAAAUUGACAGUAAUGUUGAUGAACUCAUUGCCGCUGUCAAGGAAACAUUUGUUCAGGAGGGUCCUCAGGGCGGCAAUUGGAAUGAAACCCUUCAACUCAUCAAAAAAAUUCCCAUGUCGGACAAGAGCGUUGAUGUAUUCCUCAUUGAAGCUAGAUGUCAUGAAAUGUUGGGAAACCACAAAUUUGCCCUCUCUGCUGCUGGACGAUUGAUUUCAAAGGCUACCUCUUACGAUCCUUGGAUCAAUGACAGUCCCAGAAUGAUUGCAGCGACAUUGGGGGCCAAUGCUGCCAUGCAACUGGGACUCUCUGAUAAUGCAUUAUCCUUUUACCAGACGGUGCUUAAAUUCGAUCCGGAACAAGACCGAGCAAGGAAACAGUACAGAGGACUGAAGAAAGUCGUGAAACUAAUGGCAAAAGCGGAAGAGCAGAUUAAGAAAGGCUACAACAAAAAGGCCUCAGAGCAUGUUAAUGAUUGCCUUUCGGCAAUGAGAGGAUUGGACGUAGAUUCUCCACUCUUUCGCAGCAAAAUACAACUGCAGCAAUGCACCAUUUUAAGUGCCAUGAACAAGCACGAGGAGGCGCUAAGUCAUUGCGACUCGGCUGUGGAACUACGGGAAGGAAACGAGAUGGUAUCCGCGGCCUCUCGAAAGGAAGCGCACUUAGCCCGAGCCGAAGCGUUGGUAUUGGAUAUGGACUACGACGAAGCGGUUCAGGAUUAUAGGGCGGCUUUUGAGCUCACCGCAGACGAUGAUGAAACGAAACGUGAGCUGCAUCACAAACUACAAUCCACCAUGCGGGAGCAGGAACUAUGGAAUGGUGGACAAAAGGACGGUCGGUACAAUGAACACACCGGCUACCCUGAUGGAAGGCCACCUCAGCGAGAUCAUGCCAAGAUCUUACAGCUUCCCAUUGACCUAGAGGAACGUGAGAAGGAUGUGAAAUGUUCAUGGUUGCGUAAACAGUUCAAAAAGCUUGUGAGGAAGUUCCAUCCCGAUAAGUACAAGGGAAACAAAAAGAGAGCUGCGAGAAAGUUCAAAGAAGUGAAAGAAGCAAAGGAAAUCAUGUCGAGUUCCUGGGGGUGCAAGAACUAG